AUGUCUUCCAACUCCUUAGAACAAUUAAAAGCCACCGGUACUGUUAUUGUUACCGAUACUGGUGAAUUCGAACAAAUUGCCAAGUACACUCCACAAGAUGCUACCACCAACCCAUCUUUAAUCUUAGCCGCUUCUAAGAAGCCAGAAUAUGCUAAAGUCAUUGACGUUGCUAUUGAAUACGCUAAAGACAAAGGUACUACUCCAAAGGAAAAGGCUGAAAUUGCUCUUGAUAGAUUAUUAAUUGAAUUUGGUAAGAAUAUUUUACAAAUUGUUCCAGGUAGAGUUUCUACUGAAGUUGAUGCUAGAUUAUCUUUUGAUAAGGAAGCUACUAUCAAGAAGGCUUUAGAAUUAAUUGAAUUAUACAAGACUCAAGGUAUUGACAAGGAUAGAAUCUUAAUUAAGAUUGCUUCCACUUGGGAAGGUAUUCAAGCUGCUAGAGAAUUAGAAGCUAAAUACGGUAUUCACUGUAACUUAACUUUAUUAUUCUCUUUUGCUCAAGCUGUUGCUUGUGCUGAAGCUGGUGUCACUUUAAUCUCCCCAUUCGUUGGUAGAAUCUUAGAUUGGUACAAGGCUUCUACUGGUGAAACUUACACUGCUGAAACUGAUCCAGGUGUCAUUUCCGUCAGAGCUAUCUACAACUACUACAAGAAAUACGGUUACAAGACCAUUGUCAUGGGUGCUUCUUUCAGAAACACUGGUGAAAUUAAGGCUUUAGCUGGUUGUGAUUUCUUAACUGUUGCUCCAAAAUUAUUAGAAGAAUUAUACAACUCUGAAGAACCAGUCCCAGCUAAAUUAAAUGCUGAAUCUGCCAAGGCUGAUACUGUUGAAAAGGUUACUUUUGUUGAUGAUGAAGCUGCUUUCAGAUUCGCUUUAAACGAAGAUGCUAUGGCUACUGAAAAAUUAUCUCAAGGUAUUAGAGCUUUCGGUAAAGAUGCUGUUAUCUUAUUAGAACAAUUAGAAAAGAGAUUCUAA